CCCUCGGUGAGUGAGCGGAUCUGCAACGGCUUCCGCAGAGCUCCUUUGCUUCCUAUCUGCGGUCACAAGAGCUAAAUUCCUUCAUUUCCCACUGGAUGAAGAAGCCAGGAAGGAGCACUGUUUUCUCUCACGUGCCGACUCAGAAGGACUGGUCCGUUCUUGAGCUUUAAAGGGGGAAGUUCCACACAGGAAGUGAAGAAUCACUCGGGUUCUCCAGCAGCUUUCAGUGACUGGGACCAGUCCACUGGUCACUGAACUGAUGGAGAUGAUAACGAAGGUUUCGCUGCUGCUCAUCUCGGCUGUUUCGCUGAGCUCUCUGGACUGGACCUCUGCUGGGGAUCACACAGCCCCUGGUUCAGAGAACCUGCUCGUCCUCACUGUAGCCACAGAGCAGACAGACGGCUUUGAGCGCUUCAUGCGAACAGCCAAGGAGUUUAACUACACUGUCAAGGUGCUGGGCCUGGGGAAGGAGUGGAAGGGUGGCGAUGUUGCGCGGACUGUAGGUGGAGGUCAGAAGGUACGCUGGUUGAAGAAGGAGCUGCAGAAGUACAAAGACCGACCGGAACUGGUCAUCCUCUUCGUGGACAGCUAUGACGUGAUCUUUGCUAGCAGCCCUAGAGAGCUCCUCUGGAAGUUCUCCAGGAUGGGCCACCGUGUGGUUUUCUCAGCCGAAGCCUUCUGCUGGCCCAACCAGAAGCUGAGUUCCAAGUACCCAGCUGUGAAGAACGGAAAGCGCUUCCUGAAUUCGGGGGGUUUCAUUGGCUAUGCCCCAGACAUCAUUGGCAUUAUCCAGCAGUGGAAGCAGAAGGACAACGAUGACGACCAGCUGUUCUACACCAAUAUCUACUUGGACAAGGUCCAGAGAAACAAGUUCAACAUGACACUGGACCAUCAUUCUCACAUUUUCCAGAACCUCAAUGGAGCAAUUGAGGAGGUGGUGCUGAAGUUCGAAAGGGGACGUGUGCGCGUCAGGAACGUGGCCUAUGACACCCUUCCCAUCAUCAUCCACGGCAACGGGCCAACCAAGCUCCAGCUGAAUUACCUGGGGAACUACAUUCCGACAGCCUGGACCCACGACAGUGGCUGUGGAAUCUGCGAUGAUGACCUGUUUUAUCUCGGUGAUGUGCCGGACGAGGAGCUGCCCAUCGUGCAGGUGGGCGUGUUCAUUGAGCAGCCCACCCCCUUCCUGGAGGAAUUCCUAGAGAGGCUCGUGUCCCAGAGCUACCCCACCGACCGCCUGAGACUCUUCAUUCACAACAACGAGGUCCACCACGAGCCACACAUCCAGCGGUUCUGGGAUCGUCACAGGAGGCGGUUCCCCAACGCCCGGAUCGUGGGGCCUGAGGAGAACCUAGAGCAGGCUCAGGCUAGAACCAUGGCUGUGGAGCUCUGCCGAGAAGACCCUACCUGUGACUAUUACUUCAGCAUCGAUGCAGACGUGGUCCUCGAGAACCCAGACACACUGAGGAUCCUCAUCGAGGAGAACAAACAGGUGAUUGCACCCAUGCUGUCUCGCCAUGGGAAGCUAUGGUCUAACUUCUGGGGAGCCCUGAGUCCAGAGGGCUUCUACGCCCGAUCCGAAGACUACAUUGACAUCGUUCAGGGCAAGCGCGUUGGGGUGUGGAACGUGCCCUACAUCACUCAGGUGUACCUGAUCCGCGGGAUGACUCUGCGUACUCGGCUGGCCCAAAUUGGUCUCUUCUCUCAGCAGGGCCAGGACCCCGACAUGGCCUUCUGCAGGAUUGUUCGAGAUCAGGGCAUUUUCAUGUUCGUGUCGAACAGGGAUGUGUUUGGGCACCUCGUCUCCACCAGCAGCUACAACAUUAGCCGACUCCACCCAGACAUGUGGCAGAUCUUUGACAACCCUAUGGACUGGAAGGAGAAAUAUAUCCAUGAAAAUUACACUAAAAUCUUUGAGGAUGACAAAAAUACUGUGGAACAGCCCUGUCCAGAUGUGUACUGGUUCCCAGUCUUGUCCGACAGGAUGUGUGAUGAGUUGGUGGAAACAAUGGAAAGCUAUGGGCAGUGGUCAGGAGGCGGCCACAAGGACAAGCGUCUGGCGGGUGGCUAUGAGAACGUGCCCACAGUAGACAUCCACAUGAAUCAGAUCGACUUUGAGAAAGAAUGGCUCAAGUUCCUGAAGCAGUACGUUGCACCUGUCACAGAGAAGCUCUACCCUGGUUACUACACCGAGGCAAGGGCAGUGAUGAACUUUGUGGUGCGCUACCGUCCAAAUGAGCAGCCCUUGCUGCGACCCCACCAUGACUCCUCCACCUUCACCAUCAACAUCGCCCUCAACAACAAGGGCAAGGACUACCAGGGUGGAGGCUGCCGAUUCCUGCGCUACGACUGCAGGGUGGAGUCUCCACGAAAAGGCUGGUCCUUCUUGCACCCUGGGCGGCUCACACACUACCACGAGGGACUGCCCACCACCCAGGGCACCCGCUACAUCGCCGUGUCCUUCGUCGACCCCUAGGGGUUACUAGACUGAGGGGCUGUGGGUCCACGAGAGGGCAGGGCAGGAGCCAAGGGCCCCAUGGAAAGUGAGGCACCUUGUACCCAACUCCACACGACAGGACUCUCAGGUUGAGCCCAGGCCUGUUUUUACACGAGAACUGUUCUACAGACCUCAGUGCCAUCAGUUUAUUAAACCAAAACACUGGUUCUUUAUACGUUCAGAAACUUCCAGCGGCUGCUUUCGGAUGGUUGAUGACAUCUGGAAUUUUGUUUUUGUGCAGCUCAGUAGAAGGUCAACGCUGGACUGCAUGUGAGAAAGGAGCUAAUAACGGGAACCGGGAACUGACCGUAGAGCUUCCGUCUUGAACAGAAGUGCUUCGGCACUAUAUAUGUCAGUUAAAUGCAAUGAAGGAUUUUACGUUUUACCUUUAUAAUGUUUUGUAUUUUUCCUGUACAGUAGAAAAUAAGAAGCUUAACACCUCAUUGCUGUUAUGAUCAAAUGCCAAGGUUGACUUUAGGAGUUCCGGACCCUGUAUUUCUGAAAAAUGAAUUGUGUGAAUUCACUGUUGACUUUUCUCACUUGGGCUCUCAAGUCUCUUUUUCAAGUGAUGGGGAAAAAAACCACUUUGUCAGCUUUGGGGAAAUGCCGGUUUCACUGAACAUUGCCUAGUUUUUAAUGAGUAUUCACGAAUAUGGAAACAACGCAAUGUCAUUAUGCAGUCCGGACGGCUUUCAAUGUGUUCAAUUACUAGGAUACGUUACUGUCGUUAAAGAAUUGCUUAGCGGCUGAAAUCCUGUUACUCUUAACCGUUUCACCUGGAGGAGACGGCAGUGAGCAGUUUGGUUACUGAAGGCUGUGACACCUGGCAGUGUUGGAGCCUAGGCAGUAUUUCCAUAGUCAGUGGGUGUCGAAAGGAGAUGUUCGAACAGCUCCUUUUUACUGUUUAUAAUCCUGGGGAGAAUCACUGACAAACAGCUGCACGGGGUCAAAGUACUGGAGUCCUUGCUUAAGUGUCCUCUAGGAAACUACCUGCAUUCUGCCUGUGGUUUUAUAAAACUGCCCUGUGAUUCUUUUAGGGCACUAUAAAAGAGUAGAGUAAGGUGCACUAGGAAAAGAAAAGAUUCACUCUUUCCAGUACAUCAUUUGUGGUGAAAAUAUGUAAGAGAAUGUUAGUUUGUGGAAUCCGUUCUUCUUCGACAGGGGGUUCGUCUUCAAACCGGCUUUCCGAACAAAACCCACUAAAUCGUUUGUUUAAAAUGGACGGUCUGAAUAAAAAGUGCUUUCGUAACUGCUCCAUUAUGUCAUUCCGCCGUAUUUGUCAUC